UAAAAUGGGAUCAGGGAUAGCUGUUUCAAUGCCUUGUGGGAGCUCGGUGUGAUUAAAUUUGGUCACUAAGCCAAACGCAAGGGGCACUGCCUAGAUUGAGUUAGGCCGCGGGCAGGGCGGCUCGUCCCCUCCCAUCAGGCCCGCCCCGGUGGGCGGAGCCACGGGCCCGGCCAGCACGUGUAAGAGUUCGCGGCGGGUCGCUGCAGUCACUCACCUGAGCGCGCACGGUCCGCGCGUCCUCAGCUCGUGCGUCCUCCGCCCGCCUGUCUGCCUGCCUGCCCGCCCGCCAGCUCGCCCGGCCCGCGACUCAUGUCCCGCCGCAAGGCCGGCAGCGCGCCCCGCCGAGUAGACCCCGAGCCCGCCGCCACCCCAGACGACGAGAUGGAAAUGCAGGACCUCGUCAUCGAACUGAAGCCCGAGUCGGACGGGCCGCCCCGACAGGCACCAAUGCUGGGGCCCUUCUCCCCGAAGGAGGUGUCCCCGGCGGGGCUGUUCGGGGGCGAACCGCACCACUUCCCUGACGCCGGGGCCGCCCUCCUCGCCCUUGGCGCGCGGAACCCGUGGACCCUGUGGACGUCGCUGACCCCGAACCUUCCAGACCGCCAGCCCUGGACCGACAAACACCCAGAUCUGUUGACCUGCGGCCGCUGCCUGCAGACCUUCCCGUUGGAGGCCAUCACUGCAUUCAUGGACCACAAGAAGCUGGGCUGUCAGCUCUUCAGAGGCCCCAGCCCCGGCCAGGGCUCAGAACGAGAGGAGCUGAAGGCAUUGAGCUGCCUGCGCUGCGGCAGACAGUUCACCGUGGCCUGGAAGCUGCUACGCCAUGCCCAGUGGGACCACGGACUGUCUAUCUACCAAACAGAAUCAGAAGCCCCAGAGGCCCCGCUGCUCGGCCUAGCCGAGGUGGCCGCAGCGGUGUCAGCAGUGGUGGGGCCAGCAGCUGAGGCCAAGAACCCCCGAGCAAGUGGGAGCGGGCUCACCCGGCGGAGCCCCACCUGCCCCGUGUGCCAGAAGACCCUCAGCUCCUUCAGCAACCUCAAGGUGCACAUGCGCUCACACACAGGCGAGCGGCCCUAUGCGUGCGACCAGUGUCCCUACGCCUGCGCCCAGAGCAGCAAGCUCAACCGCCACAAGAAGACCCACCGCCAGGUGACGCCCCAGAGCCCCCUCAUGGCCGACACCAGCCAAGAGCAGGCCUCUGCGGUCCCUCCAGAGCCGGCUGCCCAUGCCGCUGCCCCCGCCAGCACCCUCCCAUGCAACAGUGGUGAGGGGGCUGGAGCUGCUGCCACAGCAGGUGUCCAGGAACCCGGGGCUCCCGGCAGUGGGGCUCAAGCCGGCCCCGGUGGAGACACCUGGGGAGCCAUCACCACGGAACAGAGAAUCAACCCUGCCAACAGCCAGAAGGCAUCACCCAAAAAGAUGCCCAAGUCAGCGGGCAAGAGCCGUGGGCCCGGGGGCAGCUGCGAGUUCUGCGGGAAGCAUUUUACCAACAGCAGCAACCUGACGGUGCACCGGCGCUCGCACACCGGGGAGCGCCCCUACACCUGUGAGCUCUGCAACUACGCCUGCGCCCAGAGCAGCAAGCUCAACCGCCACCGCCGCAUGCACGGCAUGACGCCUGGCAGCACCCGCUUCGAGUGUCCCCACUGCCGUGUGCCCUUCGGCCUGCGAGCCACACUGGACAAACACCUGCGGCAGAAGCACCCUGAGGCGGCUGGGGAGGCCUGAGCCCCGGAAAGCCUACUGCUGUCCCUGGUACUGCAGCACGGUUGACCUCCUUGUAUCUGCCCCAUCUCCAAGUAAAUUCCCCCUUUUAUUUACACA